GCGAGGGGGGUCAGGAAGCCUCAGUCUGCUCUGGAGAGAGCAUGCUGGAGAGUUGCUGCUCAGACACUCCAGUUUGGGGAGGGAAUCAUUUGUCUGGCUUAGCCAGGGAGCAAUAGAAGAGAAAGAGGGAGAAAGUUGGAUCAGUUAUUUCCACUCCAGCAGCGUCCUUUUUUUUCAGCCUUGCUUUGCUUUGAAGAUCGAAUGAGUAUUUUGCCCCGAGAAAAAUGGCGAGCUUUCCAAGCCGCGUUUGCAGAGCUUUGUUGCUCCUCGGCGUCUUCUUCUGCUCAUUUACUUUUGGCCAAGUGAGAGAGGACAAAGACCACGACAAGACAUCCUGUCAUGGCGCUUUCGACCUGUACUUUAUUUUAGAUAAGUCUGGAAGUGUGAUGAAUCAUUGGUUUGAAAUAUAUUCUUUUGUUGAACUUCUGGCUGAGAAAUUUUUAAGUCCUCAGUUACGAAUGUCUUUUAUUGUGUUCUCCACAAGAAGUACAACCUUAAUGAGCUUAACAGCAAAUCGGGAAGCUAUACGAAGAGGUCUUCAAACCCUUCGCAAUGUUGUGCCUGGAGGAGAUACAUUCAUGCAUGAGGGCUUCAGAAAGGCAACUGAACAGAUUCACCAUGAAAACAAUUCAGGGAUUCGAGCUGCCAGUGUCAUCAUUGCAUUGACGGAUGGGGAAUUAAUUGAUCAUUUGUAUGAUCUUGCACAAAGGGAAGCUGAAAGGGCCAGAAGUUAUGGAGCUACAAUUUAUUGUGUUGGUGUGAAAGAUUUCAAUGAAACACAGCUGGCAAAGUUAGCUGAUAGCAUUGAUCAUGUUUUCCCAGUGAAAGGCGGAUUUCAAGCAUUAGGAAGUGUAAUUGAUUCGGUUCUUAAGAAAUCUUGCAUUGAAAUUCUGGCAGCUGAACCAUCAAGUGUCUGUGCAGGAGAAUCAUAUCAAGUUGUGGUAAGAGGUAAUGGAUUUUCUCGUGCACGGAAUGCUGAUCAAGUUCUUUGUAGCUUCAAGAUAAAUGACACCGAAAUAAUAACGGAGAAGCCUCUUGUUGUGGAAGAUAAUUACUUGCUGUGCACUGCUCCAGUGAUCGAUGAAGUUGGAAUGGUAGUUUACCUUCAAGUAAGCAUGAAUGAGGGGUUAACAUUCAUAUCCAGCUCUGUCAGUAUCACCAGUACACAUUGUUCUGAUGGAACAAUCCUUUUAAUUGCUCUGUUAGUUUUGUUCCUGCUGUUGGCAUUGAUCUUGCUGUGGUGGUUUUGGCCUUUGUGUUGUACUGUGGUGAUUAAAGAGCCACCACCUCCACCUCCCUAUGAGGAGGAAUCUGAUGACGAAGCCAUGGCAAGGAAAAAAUGGCCAACAGUUGAUGCAUCAUAUUAUGGAGGAAGAGGAGUGGGCGGCAUUAAACGGAUGGAGGUGCGUUGGGGUGAUAAAGGUUCAACUGAAGAAGGUGCAAAAUUAGAAAAGCCCAAAAAUGCAGUAAUCAAGAUGCCAGAUCAAGAGUUUGAACCAUUGGAUCCUAGACCCUGCAAACCCCGAAGGCCACCACCAGAGCAGAGAAAAUGGUAUACACCAGUUAAGGGAAAAUUGGAUGCCUUGUGGGCACUUUUUCGCAGAGGGUAUGACCAAGUAUCUCUGAUGAGGCCACAACCUGGGGAUCAGGGUCGCUGCAUAAACUUCACCAGAGUGAAAGAAAAUGAAACACCAUCUCGUCCAUGCAAUGCUCCUGCUACUCUCACACCUCACAAUGAAUGUAUUCCUUUAACCCGUGAACUUCCCAGGCCUCCUGCUUCAUCAGCCAGGCCAUGUGUGAGGAGUCCACCUCCUGGACCACCACCAGCCCGAGCACCCCCUCCUUCAAGACCUCCCCCACGGCCUGCGAAACAUAUCCAGUUGUUUUAAAAUUGAGAAUUUGAUCAUUCCAACAAUGUAGUCACAUUUUUGGUUCAGAUGACAUUUGGGUCCAUGGAACAUGUGAGUACAAAUGUGUCAAAAAUAAUUAUAAAUUUGAUAUUUUUUCUACGUAUUUGAGGAUCCUCACUAAUAUACUAAAUUAUGGUGUACUUGUGUGUAUAUAACAUCUGGGUGGUGAUCUGAUAUAGUUUACUCAGGCAGUUGUUGCGGCAACAUAUAUUUUCACAUGCAUGUUGACAUCUGGAGCUGUCGGAAAUGAUAAUAGAGCCCUCCAAGUUUUAUCCAUCAUAUGCCUGAUCAGGAGUCUCUCCCACCCUUACCUCCUGCUAUUGCAGUGUACUUGAAGGAUUUGCAGGUUGAUAUUCAACUUGUUCACCUGCAAUAUAAAUACAUUUCCAUAACCAUCGAGUCCUGGGGUGGGAUUCAAACCUGGAGCUUUUGGCUCAUAGGAAGGGAUGCUACCUACUGUACAUCAAGACCUACUGUGCCAUAUCUGUUGCAUAAAAAUGCUGCUAAUGCACAAAAAAAACUUCCAGUACUCAAAUGUCAAAAUUACAUUUCUGUAAUUUUUUCCAAUCUGUAUUCAUGAGCGUUGACAUCAAACUGUUAUUAAUGGUCGUGCAUCUGUGAUAACAAAAUGUACAUUUUCCUUUAUGCCUGUAAUGUUAAUAUCACUAAUA